UCUGUAGAGAAGAAAGUACCAGCUAGUCGAGGCUAAAAGCUAACACUCAUUCCUCAUCGGCCCGCACGCACGCUCUGACAUGCGCACUCACACGCACGUGCAGCUCGUGAGGGGCUCGUUUACGCGCACACAGCUUUAGUGGGCUUAAAGCUACGAGCUACUUCCUGCAUAUUAGCUGGACGUGGCUAGCUGGAGGAGCUAACUGUUUACCAGGUCUGCUUUAAUUAUUCAUGAGUGCGUGAUUGGUGGAGACAGUGAUAGGGGCGGGGCCUGAGAGGGUUUAUUACACCAAGUGUUUCUGCAGGACACAGUGGAAAAUGAUCAAGAUGUCAUUGGACAAGGAGGCUCUCCUCCCUCAUGAGGUCAGCCCCGCCUUCCCCGCCAUCGGCCUAUCAGAGCAGCCGACCAAGCCCCGCCCCCUGCACAACAAGAACGGCCUCCAGUUGUCUAGCAACCACCAGGACCCCAUCGCCUGCGCUCUUCCAGUUCAGCAAAUUGCCAAGAGGCGAUACUCCAUGAGCGUUGGCUUCAAGGGUCUGGCAAAGCGGCGGCGGCGAGCCAUCAGCGACAACCAAUUAGAGCCCGUUCUGCCGAGUCACUUUCUGUUAGGCGGAAACAUCUUCGACCCGCUCAAUCUCAACUCACUAAUGGACGAGGACGUCAACAGGGCGACCAAUCAGGAGACGCCAAAGUGCUCGCCCCUGCCGACGAGGGCCGCAGACCCCGUAGAGAUCCUGGUUCCUCGGGACAUCACCGACCCCCUCAACCUUAAGGGAGGGGCGGGGGACGGGGAGGGGGCGGUCCUGCUGUCCCCACUGAAGUCCAAGAGGAGACACAGGAACCGGCACCAUGGAGGAGGGGGAAGGGGAUUGGGGGAGGUGCUACCUGCGCGACUAUUUCCCCCCACAGCUGGACUGACGGUUCCUCUGGUGACCAGAGGGGGCAGCGCUGCAGCGUCUCCUCUUCCCUGUGAGCUCAACACAGCCAUCACCUGUCGGGACGAUGUGGCCCCGCCCCCCAUCUUGCCCCGUAGACACACCCACCCUCCACCGGGGCACUCCCACAAGCCCGGUAGCCAGGGCGAUGGUCGAAAACGCAGACGCACCACCUCUGCAAGAUCGGCAGAAGCUGCGGCGACCACAGCUAAGCCAACGAGAUUCGAGACGCCGCUGGGAGGAGCUAAAGUUGGGAGGUGUGGAAGACCUCAGCACGGAUCCGCUCAGCCGGUGCAGAAGAAGAAGGACAGGCAACGCUACAAAUAUGGCAACCACAGCUGUUUCUACGGUUACCAGGGCUCCUACGGCGAUGCCGCUGAGGGGCAUGUCGGGGUGGAGGAGGACCCGCGGCUCCACCUCCUGCAAGCCGAUUGGUUCAGAGACAAGAAGGUGCUAGACGUGGGCUGCGGCGCAGGUCAUCUGACGCUGGCCGUCGCCCGCAGGUUUGACCCCGCCCACAUCCUGGGGCUGGACUUAGACCGCCAGCUGGUCCACGCUGCCAAGCAGAACAUUAGGCACUUCCUGUCACAUGACCUUGUGGUAGAGGAGAGGAGAGGAGCACAAAGAGCCUCCUCUCCUAGCAGGACGGGGGAGGAGGGGCAGCAGGCUCUGCCCCUCCUCCCCCUGCCGCUUUCCUUCAGGGUAAGUCGAGGUCCUCUCUCUGCUCCUCCUCUCCUACCAUCGUCUUCCUCCUCCUCCAGGUUCCCCAACAACGUCACCUUCAUCCAGGGGGACUACGUGUCUAGGGGGAACUGGUGGCCUGGGCGGGGCCAGUAUGACAUCAUCCUGUGUCUGGGCGUAACCAAGUGGGUGCAGCUGCAGGCGGGCGACGGUGGCGUGGUCGCACUGUUCAGGCGAGCCUAUCAGAGUCUGUCGCCGGGUGGAUUAUUCAUGCUGGAGCCUCAACCGUGGAGCAGCUACAGCCACAGCAAGGGGGCCUCGAAGGCAACUGAUCGUAACUUCAGGAGUUUGAGACUGAGACCUGAACAGUUCACCUGCUACCUGACUGACAGCGUGGGAUUCACCUCAUACAGACUCAUCACACACUCAGGUAACCAGCGGCCAAUCUACCUGUUCCAUAAAGGUCCAGCCCACAGGAAGUGAUGUCACCUGGACAGGAUUUGACACCUUCUUUCUUUGAGGCCCCAGUUUCUACGGCAACCACCCUAGAAUUUGUAACUCGUGAGCUCCCGGCCGAUUGGUUGGACAGUGGAGUCAGUGUGAUGACAUCACAGACAAUAUCACAGCGAGGGUUGCUGUGAAUUAUGAUUGGUUGUCGCUGGCUAAUCAUGCAGAGCAAAGGAUUGUGGGUUACUGUCCUCAAGCUGCGGGACCUCUGAUUGGACAAUGGACACAUCUCUGCCGGAGUUUGUUUUUUUUGUGAAAUAAAUGGAUGCUCUUUUUUUCUGAAUUUGAAUCUUCGGGUGAACUUUUUUUACAGCCGAAGGUUUGAACCAACAAAGGAGACAAAACAUGACCCGUUUCUAUAUGCGCAGUAAGGUAGGCCACGCCUCCUCCAACUGGAGCCAAUCACAGAGAAGCUGAAAGGUUUUAAUUUGAUGAGCACCUCAUGAAUAUCUGAUGAUGUAAUCAAUCACAUUAUAUCGCAAAAGGUUUUAUUGACCCUCAUGAAUAAAUAUGAGAUUAAAUUAUGUUUGAUGGAUGGGCGUGGCCAAUCUCACAGCCCCAGCUCCACCCCCCUAUUGAGGCCCCGCCCACCCUGACAGCAAAUCUGGCUCCAUAUGUGGGCUGAGUCAGGAGAAAAACGUGUCAUGUGAUGUAAGGGGUGUCUCUCUCCCAGUGAAACCAGCUCACUGAGCCACAGACUGGUUCUGGUGCUGGGAGACUGUAAAAGAGGUCCAAGGUCUGACACGCACGUGUGCGCACGCAUAACAUCAAGUCCUCACAUUGAGGUUUGAUUGACAGCUCACCUCCUGGUAGGAGUCCAUCUGCUCCACAGCCUUCAGGUAAACACAUUAAACACUCAUCAUGACAUCACAGACCACAUGGGGAAACGUGUGUGUGUGUGUGUGUGUGUCAGACACGAUAAAACCACAAAGAGACAUAUUGACACGAACAACCAGGACGUGAGAAGAACUCUCGGUCUCGUCUUUUGUCAGUUUCUUCCUUUUUUCUACCCAUCCAAGGGCUUCUUAGGGGUAAAGGUCAGAGGACGUCGCAUGUGUAUAGACUGUAAAGCCCCACAGGCUGUUUGGGGAUACGUGAUUUUGGGCUAUACAAAAUAAAAUGAAUUGAACUGUCUCUCUUCCUGUGUA